UGGAGGCCCCGGGUGGUGAACGAGGCUCCGGCACCAUGUCUGGUUUGUCUGGCCCGCUCUCCCGGCCUGGCCCUCGCCCGUCCGCGCUGCUCUUCCUCUUCCUGCUGGGCCCCAGCUCGGUCGCCGCCAUCUCCUUCCACCUGCCCGUGAACUCCCGCAAGUGUCUCCGCGAGGAGAUCCACAAGGACCUGCUGGUGACGGGCGCCUACGAGAUCACCGACCAGUCCGGGGGCGCCGGCGGCCUGCGCACCCACCUCAAGAUUACAGAUUCUGCUGGCCAUAUUCUAUACGCCAAAGAGGAUGCAACUAAGGGGAAGUUUGCCUUUACCACGGAAGAUUAUGACAUGUUUGAAGUGUGUUUCGAGAGCAAGGGAACCGGGCGGAUACCUGACCAACUCGUGAUUCUAGACAUGAAGCAUGGAGUAGAGGCGAAAAAUUAUGAAGAGAUUGCAAAAGUUGAGAAACUCAAGCCAUUGGAGGUGGAGCUACGACGCCUAGAGGACCUUUCGGAAUCCAUUGUUAAUGAUUUUGCCUACAUGAAGAAGCGGGAAGAGGAGAUGCGGGACACGAAUGAGUCCACGAACACCCGAGUCCUGUACUUCAGCAUCUUCUCCAUGUUCUGCCUCAUUGGACUAGCCACCUGGCAGGUCUUCUACCUGCGUCGCUUCUUCAAGGCCAAGAAGUUGAUAGAGUAAUGCGGCUCAGUCUUCCGGCCCUGGUGGCAGCCAGCAGAACAUCGCUGGGACGUGCCUGGCCUAGCUCAAGGCCAUCCUCCUAACAGUACCAUCAAGGCACAGUGGAGUUUUCUUGCCAGAACUGAUUUCUUUUGGUGUGGGAGAACAUGGGGCACCACCUACACCCAACAAGUCAAUGAGGACUUCUUUUCAAUGCGGUAGGAUUGGGACUGGUUUUUCGACAAGAUUAUUAAAGUCGCCUACAGAAAAACAAAACAAAUACAGGGGUUACCUAGCUAACCAAAGCCAGCACUGGCCCUGGGUUUCCUCACGUGGUCCGAUGGAGCUGUUGGCUUCCCCUCCUCGCUAUCACCUUGGUCCUUCACUCGAGUUCUUCCCCAGUAUUUCUGUGACCAUGCUCAGCUUGUCUCACGCCACUUGUCCUCUUCGGCUUCCCUGUGAAAACACCCUGAACUUUCUCUUGGCCCUUAGAUGAAAUGUUUACGUAGCUUCUGGUGAUAGCCUUCAUAAUUUUAUGUCUCCUGAAAGGGUCGUGGAUGGGACACAUAAAGAAGUGAGCUUUGAACUGUAGAAAACUUCCUUAAAGAAAAAUCUCGUUUUAGACAAUUAAAAUGUUUGUGUUCAAUCUUGAA